AUGCGUCAAAUUGGAAUACGAGAGACAAAAACAAACAUUGAAGAUACGCAUAGGAGAAGAAGCAAAAGGAGAAUGACGAAGGAGGAGGAGCCGCUCAGCCCGAUGGCACGUAUGUUUCAGUCGUACGGCACCGACUACUGCACCAUCAUCAUCAUCGGGUUCAAAACAAAGAUUAAUCCUCAUGUAAUUCUUGAUGACUUAAAGCAAAACGUUUACAAGCAUCCUCGUAUCUCCAGCAAACUGGCUGAUGAUGGUGCAACAUGGAUCAAGACCGAAAUCAAUGUAGAAGAUCAUGUAUUCGUACCACACAUAGACCUUGACGAGAUUGGUGACUACGGAGAAAAUUUCGUAGAGGACUACGUUUCACGUCUCACAACGAUUCCUCUUGAUAGAUCAAGACCCUUGUGGGACAUUCACAUCCUCAACGUCAAAACAUCUGAUGCAGAAGCGGUCGCUGUCAUAAGAUCUCACCACUCGUUGGGAGAUGGAAUGUCUCGUAUGUCUCUCAUCAUGGCAUGUACCCGAAAAACAUCAGACCCUAAAGCAUGUCCUACUAUUCCUAUCCUAAAACGACGUGAAAAGGUGUCACAAAACAAAAGCUGGUUCUUAAGGUCGAUGGUGGCCAUUUGUUCGACAGUGAGAUUGAUUUGGAAUACCAUUGUAGAUCUUCUGCUACUCUUGGCGACGGUGUUGUUUUUGAAGGAUACAAAGACGUCUUUAAAAGGCGGUGCCGAUGCCGAGAGCAAUCGGAAGAUACUUUGUCAUCGAAUCGUUUCUUUGGAUGACAUUAGACUUAUAAAAGACGUCAUGGACAUGACUAUUAACGACGUUCUAAUUGGAGUUACACAAGCUGCUCUCUCCCGCUAUUUAAACAAACCGCAUGACAAGGUAAAUGUGGAUGGUGGAACGUUGACACCCCUUCUAAAUAAUAUUCCAAGUAGUAUAAGAGUUCGUGCAGGUGUUUUGGUAAACCUAAGGUCUAAAGUUGGAAUCCAGCCAUUGGCAGAUAUGAUGGCAAAAGAUUCGGAAUGCAGAUGGGGAAACCAUAUCAACAUAGUUGUUUUACCAUUAUCCAUUGCUUUAAAAACCGAUCCAUUGAUUUAUCUAUCGAAAGCUCAAUCCACGAUGGAUCGAAAGAAGAACUCUCUUCAGGCUCCUGUACUUUAUUCGAUUAUGAGGUUCAUUCUUAAGAUCUUUGGUGGGAAGAUAGGAGCAGCAUUGUUCAAACGAUUACUAUUAAACACAACAGCAUUCUUUUCAAAUGUCAAUGGACCAACCGAAGAAAUCAGUUUCCAUGGCCAUCCAAUCGCUUAUAUCGCUCCUAGCGUCUAUGGACACUCACAAGCAUUGAUGAUCCAUUUCCAAAGUUAUGCGGAGAAGAUGGUAAUCUCGAUAGCGGUUGACCCAACAAUAAUAUCAGAUCCUCACAAGCUAUGUGAUGAAAUGGAGGAGUCUUUGAAAUCUAUGAAAGCUGCUCUUUUAGAAAGAGGGUUACUAAUUAACAAACAAGUAUCCGUACGGGUGAAUAAUAUGUAAUUAAAUCUUUAUUUGGUGUAUAAAUGCUCUUCUUUACAAG